UUCAUACCCACACUGUAGCUAAAUUAUUUUCUUGGAGUCUGAGAGGUUUUCUUCCAUCUAAAGUCAACGACGCUAGGCAAAGAGACCUAAAGUAGAACAAGACAAAGCAUCGACAUGGCAAGUCAGGAGGACUCAUCACCCCGUGAUCAGGAUUACUCAACCCAGCGCCUUCGCCAGCGGUAUCGUUUUACCGAUCCCAACAUGGAUCUCUUCUUCCUCGGAGCCCUUGGAUGGGGUUCGGCAGGGGGGUUGUCUGUCGGCGAGGCUUUUCACGCAGCAUCGCAAAUCAUCGACGGCGAUGUGGACUCCUGGGCGAAAGCAUUCGCACGCCUCGGAGAUGCACAGAACGCGCAAGCCGACACAUGGCAACGACGUGGCUGGACCCGAGCCGCAGGUGAGACACGGCUGAAGGCAUUUGCAAGCUACCGGCUGGCAUGGCAGUUCGUCGGUCCAGGCGAGCGCUUCGUGUCGCUGUUCCGCACUCAUCAGAAACUUUUCGCCCAGGCCAUGACAGAAUUGGCCUUUCCAUUCACAAGUUUUACUGUCCAUUAUCAGAAUGGCAAUCUUCCCGGGUAUUUCUACCAGGCGAGUGAUCCUCAUGCCCCCACAGUGUUGGUGAUAGGUGGAGCAGAUUCCUGUCAUGAGGAUCGUUUCCUGUCGCAAGGACGCCACUUGUUUGACCGAGGCUACUCAGUGGCCUUGGUCGAUCUGCCGGGCCAGGGCCUCGUACAGGAACAGGGACUAUACUGGGAGAAAGAGGCUGAACGGUCCAUCGCUGCAGUGAUUGAUCACUUGAUCAGCCACAUGCAUGUAGACCCACGUAAGUUGGCCCUGCUCGGAAUGAGUCUUGGCGGAUACUUCGCCUGCCGGGCGGCAGCAGAUGAGCAGCGACUGGCAGCAGUUAUCGCGACUACCCCGCUUUACCGUCCCGGAGACUUGUUCAGAGAAGUCGCAAAAGGACUGCCUGGAGGUGGUGGCGCUAUGCUUUCGGAUGCCGCACGGAAAAACUUCGAGGUGCUCGGAUGGAAAGCUGGUGUGUCUGACAUAGCAGAUCUGGCUGAGCAGUGGGAUGGUGUAUGCGCAGAGCCAGAAAAAGUCUCGAUACCAUUCCUGUCGGUCAUCGGCGAGCAAGAAGGUUCGGUGUGGAAGAAACAGGCGAAGGAAUGGCAUCUGGCCAUUCUGUCCAGCCAGAAGAGCUUCGUCGAGCUCAAUGCUGAAACGGGUGCCGAUGUGCAUUGUCAAGGCAAUAACACACUUCGAUUGGCUCAGGAGGUGGAUGGAUGGCUACGCGAGGUAUUGCCACAAUCCUGACCAGAUGACUUCGUAUCUUAAGAAGUAAUUUAGUGGCCGAAGUUGCUUUCGGUUCAGAACAGCAAUAUCUGAGAAAGAAGUGGUGGAAGCUAAGCGUCAAAUAAUGAUCACGGUGCACCUGUUGAUUUUGGUAGUGCGAGAUGCGGUAACAUUACCCGCCAAACAUGUCGGGAGUCCCAAACAAAG